AUGGAGCCUGGCGGAGAUCCUCUCGAUUGGACGGUCGAUGAGGUGGUGCAAUUCCUAUGUCGGAAUCCGCAGACACCAUGGUCUCGGUCAUUAUCGCGUGCUCCACGACCAGAUCCUGUUACAUUUGAAGCUACGCUUCGGGAGAAUGAAAUUACCGGCGAGGUGCUGCUGCAUGAUGUAGACAAAGAGACUCUACGGGAAGACCUCGGCGUGAGAGCCCUUGGCCAUCGUAGCUCUAUACUCAUGGCAAUCCGCUAUCUCCAGCGAAAGAGUCUCAAGUUCCAGGAAUCCAGAAAUUUAGGCAGUUUGUCUGAAGAUCACGUCGACUAUGCGAGCCCGGUUGUUCCUCGACUAGACACUUCAGUGUACCGUUUGCCCCCAUCCCAGAAUGUGACACCACAACGAGAGCCUUAUCAGAGUGCUCGUCUUCAGACUCCUUCAUCCAAAGUCCCGCCGCAGGAGCCUUCCGGAGAUCUCCCCAAAGCUGAUCUUGAACGUAGAGCUGAUCCUGUGGAGCAUCGCAAUCCAACCGAGGCUGCAAGCCGUCCUGCUACUGUUCAGCGAACUGAGGAAAACACCCCGUCAACUCCAGAACAACCACCUGGAAGACGCAUUCGGCCUGGGGAGGAUUUGAUUGUCGAUGCUCAUGGCAAGAAACGAAGAAAGCUCAAUCUUAGUGCCUUGGCUCAGGAUGAGUCUGAUCAUAAUGUUCCAAAACAGACAAGCAGACCUAUAAGUUCCAAAGAGUGGUACAUGGGUCCGGAAGAGAUGAACGUUUCCGGACUUUUCUAUGCUUCUGACUCAGACUACGACCCAGAAGAGAGUGGCCGGACCUUCUCAAUGGUCGGCUCCAGACUUCCAACUGGCCAGCGCAGAUUUGUGAACCGGAGACUUCUCUAUUUCCUCAAGCAGCGGCCUGUCAAGUUAAGCUCCACCCAGUCAGCUUUGGUUCCCUAUCGAGACUUGACCAAGCAGAAGAGUAAACCGUCGAAAAAGGAAGUAGUCAUAGGCUCUAGCAUCCCAAGGGCGUGCACCUUGUAUACGGUGGACAAUAGCAGAGUCACAGUUACCAAAGACGAACUGCAGAAGUGGCCGCAAUUGGUUCAGUCGGAAAAGGCCGAUAACGGAGGCGCAAAGGACCAUGACCCCUUUGCCUACUUGUUACAAAAAUACCCCGCACAGGGCGACGAUGGUGGUGACCUUGAUACCCUCCCGCUAUAUGGAGACUCAGGAUCAGAGGGAGAGUUCGAUGACGACACAUGGCAGGAGAUUGAGGAUGAACGCCAGGAACCAUUGCCGCGGCAAACAGCCCUUACAUCUGCUGAGAUCAAAGCUAUCAUUGCAAGUUGCAUUUCAGAAUAUGAGAACAAGUGGCUGCAAGAUGGAAAGAAAAAGGAAGAGCCAAAGGCACGAAGAAUUUGGUUAUCUUCCAGGAGAGGCAAAACCACUAAUAAACAAAUCAAGACAUUCACACGCGAUAUCAAUCUUCUAGAACGACGUCUACGUGUAUUCACGAAAGCGAUAGAGGAAGGUGAAUAUGCAUCCCGAAAAGAGCUACAAGUACAGUGCCGAAGCCUGGAGAACACCGUCAUCAACAUCCAGAAGCAGAAAUGGCUUAUAUCCGUUCUUGAACUCGAGAAGUGUCCUCCAAAGAUGGCUUUCCCUGCGAGGCCUUUGCCUCCUAAACGGCGAAGCAUUGACGAGGAUGAAGAGUCACUCGGCUCGGAAACCGAUAAUGGCCCUUUUGAUGACGACUCUCUUGAGGACUUCAUUGAGGAUGACGACUCUGUCGUCGAUCGCGUCGAAGAUGACGUUUUUCGCCAAAGCCUUACCCCUUCGUCGGAUGACGAUGAUAUCAUUAGUCCUUCUGGACGAAGGCGAAAGCUCAGGGCUAGGGCUCAUCCUUUCGUCGUGUCCAGUUCUCCCUCUCCCCCGCCAAUUCCUGAAGGGCCAAUAGAAACUAUUGAUCUGACCGGCGAUGAUCCACUGUCUGAAGAGGAUGACUUUACCGUCGAGACCCCCCCACUGAACCCAGCGCGACAGACGCCGCAAUCUGAACGUGUCUUAUCAAGAGACAUAUCUCCUGCACCAAAGCUUCCUCCUAAAGUGUAUGUCGAGAUACCGAGUGUCGAGAUACCGAAGACCGAAGUACCGUCACCAUCGGAACAAGACGGCACCGCACAGUCUGCAAAUUCCGCGAGGCCUCAAAUAGAUAAAGUAGUGGACCUACCCGAGAUCAACGAUUUUGACAAACUGAAAGGUAUCGCUUGGAGGCUCCUGGAAGAGCGUCAUGACCGUUGCAGACUCCUGGCAAAGUUGAUAGCAUCACUGGCAGAUGAAGAACGACAGAGAUUGACUAGGAUAGUUCCGACAUAUGACGUAGAACGCCUGCAACACCUCACAAACCAUGCUCUGAACAGACUGUCUAAAGGCAAGGACACAUUGCCUCAUUCGAAACCUGAUGAGGCUACUUUUGUCUUGCGCAUGGCAUCACUCUUUAUUUCAUGGAUGAAUUGCGCUCAUUAUCUCGUGAAGGGCUUCCCAAAAGCCCAUGUUUUGGAGGCAAAGGCGCGUAUCACGGAUUUUCCCGGGUUUUACAAGGAACUUUCCUGCCGCCUGGAUGCGUAUCAAACCUGGGAUUUAAGCCGGCAACAGACCGCCAUGGCUGCUUUUGACUCACCCCACAAGAAAAGGAAACGUGAAGUGAAGGAGAGCCAAGCCGCAAAAAUGAAUCAAGAAAACGCCAAACUUCGAGUUGCUGUUCAAGAGAGGUUGAGGCAGAAGCUUGAACGCAAAUUGGAAAGCAUGGGUGUCAGUAAUACUGAUGCCACUCGCCAGGCUGUCAGCUUUGGUGAUCCUGUCAUCUACUUGGACCCUCAUAUCGGACAGCGUGUCAAACCUCAUCAACUGCAUGGCAUCCAAUUUAUGUGGCGAGAGCUGACUGAGGAUGGUGGAAAACAUCAGGGCUGUCUGCUGGCUCAUACAAUGGGCUUGGGUAAAACGAUGCAGGUCAUCUCCCUCCUUGUGACUAUAGCUAAUGCAGCUGUCUCUGAGAACCCUUGGAUAAGGAAGCAAAUUCCAGAUGACCUCCUUCGAUCCCAGACCCUUAUUCUGUGUCCGUCGUCACUGAUCGAGAACUGGUACGAAGAGUUCAUCAUGUGGACACCUAAAGAUUCAGCCAUCGGGCCUGUGAAUAAAAUCACCAGCUCGGCUUCUCUGUCGGAAAGACUGGAUACUGUGGCCUCUUGGAAUGAAGAAGGCGGAGUACUUCUUAUCAGCUACGACAUAUUUCGGACAUGGAUUCAUAAUAAAGAAACAAGCAAGAGAGGCCAACCUCUUACGGAAGAGCAGCACGAGAACAUCAAGAAGUGGCUUCUAGAAGGAGCCAACAUCAUUGUUGCCGAUGAAGCUCAUAAAAUGAAGAAUCCCGUUUCUGGAAUUACUCUUGCGGCCAUGCAGUUCCGCUCUCAAAGUCGCAUUGCAUUGACGGGUUCUCCUCUUGCCAAUAACCUUGUGGAUUACUUUACUAUGGUCAAUUGGAUUGCAAAAGGCUAUCUGGGAGAAUUUACAGAGUUCAAGGCUAAUUUUGUAGAGCCUAUCGAGGAGGGGCUGUACGUGGACAGCACACAUAGCGAGCGGCGGCGGUCUCUUGUGAAGCUUCAGGUCCUGAACAAGAUCCUUGAACCAAAGAUCAACCGAGCUGAUAUCUCUGUCCUCGAGGGCAGCAUGCCUCCCAAAGUCGAGUUUGUCAUCACUGUUCCGUUAACGGCUGUGCAAAAGUCUGCAUACGAUCUAUACGUGCAGUCAGUUCUAGAGGGCAGCGAAGACGUUAGCAGGAUGAAGCUACUGUCUUGGCUUGCCGUUCUGGGUCUCUGCUGCAAUCACCCGGCUUGCUUCAGAGAUAAGCUACUCAGCAGAGCCAGCGAGGCUCAGAAGCUCGAUAAAGUGCUAGACGGCGCCGCGAUUGAACCAGCCCCGGGUGACGAGCCUAUCACGCAGCUGGGUCUGGACGUUGAAACUCUCGUUUCAAAACAAGAACAGCUCUUCUCCACUGUUCCUGACAUGGGCGCCGCAACACUAUCCUGUCGAGCCGAAAUUCUGAACCGGAUCAUCGCAGAGUCUGUCCGGGCUGGAGAUAAGGUGCUUGUAUUUUCCCACAGCAUACCUACACUCAACUACGUCGAGAACGAUAUCCUCAAGGCGUCUAAUUGGAAAUAUUGCCGUCUAGACGGAAGCACUCCAAUCGCCAACCGACAACAUGCCACCAAGCUAUUCAAUCAAGGGUCUGCGGAGGACGUAUACCUGAUCUCCACCCGUGCUGGCGGCCUCGGCCUAAACAUCUUCGGUGCUAACCGUGUCAUCAUCUUCGACUUCACAUUCAAUCCAGUCUGGGAGGAACAAGCCGUCGGACGUGCCUACCGCUUAGGCCAGAAGAAGCCCGUCUUCGUCUACCGAUUCAUCGCAGGCGGAACUUUCGAAGAAGUCAUGUACAACAAAGCCGUCUUCAAAACCCAACUUGCCUUCCGUGUCGUCGACAAGAAAAACCCAAUCCGCUUAGCCACCAGGUCCCUCGGAGAGUACCUCUUCCCGGCGAAGCAAACACCCCAGCAAGACGUGACAGAAUGUCUCGGAAAAGACCCAGAAGUCCUCGACAGAAUCAUCCGCGCAGACGCUCAAUCCGAUGAAAACCAGCGACUAAUCCGCAAGAUCAAACUCACAGAGCUGUUCCAAAAAGACGACAACGACAAGUUGACCGAGGACGAGAAGAAUGCUGCCCAGCAGCAACUCGAUGACGAGCGGCUAAAGCGCACCAAUUACGAAGCUUAUCAAAAGAUGAUCAUCGAAAGACAAAGAAUUGUCUUAGCACAGGGAUCCGCGCCUUAUGGCCUACCUCCACAAGUGCAUUUCAGCCCACUACCGUCUCAACGUCCUCCACAACCAUUCACCCCUCAGCCAUCGGCACCUGCACUCCAGCCCACCAUCCCAGCUAGUGCACACAAUGUCGGCCCUCCAGCUCUGGCUCCAGAUACGAGCAUCACGCAACAAGCUCCACAGACACCUGUUGCGAUCCCCGGCCUAACGAUGACCAAUUCUGACCAAUCUCAUGCCCACCCUCAUCCUCUAAGCACUCCAGUAACGCCUGGAAAUAGGACUCAUUCCAACACCUCUGCUACAGCUACAUCAGCACGACCUACUUACGGCGGCAGCGGCGGCAGUACUACCGAGAACUCAAGCGCAAUAAGAGAUCACUCAGAGCCACCGCAAGAUUUGCAGGACCAGAAUAAGCCGAGCUGCAGGCCCCAGUGA